CACUUGAUGUGUUGAAUAUAUCGAACACUUCGUUAGCUGCAAAUGUCAAUUGCAGCAAAUGUCAAGUUCUUCACUGCAAUCGCGAAUACCAAAGUGAACGGACUUCUACACAGAUCAUAUUUAUUGUGAAAUUAUUUUUCGGAAAAAACGUGAAAAACCGAGUAAACGAGUAUUUGAGGCGAGAAAUUUUGACAAUUUUCCAAAUCACAAAAGUAGUGAAAACACUAAUAUAUCAAAAUCACCAUGGGUGGAAAGAAAUCUAUCAAAGAACAACAUUGAACGAAGAUCCAAAGCGAGCCAUGCAAGCCAUGGAAGUCAUUCUGAAAUCUGCCUUCCACCAACCACAUCUUCGUAAUGGCGUUUUAGGCGGUCGGUCAUUUUUCUUGCCACCUGACCGUCGCGAGUAUUUGGGCGAUUUCUACGAGCUCUGGUUGGGUUUGUUCCAAAGUAUGGUGCUUGGUAACGUACCGUACCUAAAUGUGGAUGUCAACCAUAAAGCUUUCCCCAAGCGUUAUCCAAGCUUAGUCGAUUUGCUGAACGAUAUGGGUGUCGAUUCAAACCGAGGCUUAGAUCGGAAUGUUGAAUAUGCGUUAAGACAGCAUCUCAAAGGAUUGGAAAUACGUUACAACAAACCCAACGACAAAGCGAUGAUCUACAAGUUCAUGGAUAUCGUCGGGCCUCCAGGCAAUGUUCGAUUCACGUUGGAAAACGGUCAACAGAAGACUAUUCUGCAAUAUUUCCAAGAAACUGGCAGAAACAUUCGAAACGUAAAUUUACCGUGCAUCAAACUUGGCAAUACGAUCAAAAAUAUUAUAGUGCCAAUGGAAAUGUGCGGAAUUCCAGACACUCAAGUGAUCAACAAAAAGUGCACCGAAAAUCAGACACGAAAUAUCAUACGCUUCGCCGCCACGAGCACAGAUGACAGAAAACAAAAGAUAAUGAAAUUAUUGAGUCAAAUACGACACAACAAUUCGCAAACCAUCCAAGGUUUUGGUCUUGGCGUUGAUGCCAAUUUUGCAAAAGUGCCGGCCAGAUUAUUGGAUCCACCGGUCAUUGAAUACAGUAACAAAACAAUGAAACCAUCCAGAGGAGUGUGGCGCGGCGAAAACAGCGCAUUUUUGCUGCCCCAAGCCGCUAAUGAAUGGAGCAUUUUGAAUACCAACUUCCGUACGAAACCGAAUGAACUGAAAGAUUUGGCAAAAAUGCUCUAUAAUACCAGUCGUGCAACGGGACUACAAUUGGCUGAACACCCAUCUGAUAUUCGAACAAUUUCAGAUCGUGAAACCAACAAAAUUAAACAGGAAAUGGAACGACUUGGCAAAGAAAAUCGAAUUAAAAUUCUUUUCGUUAUCAUUCCGGACAGUGGGCCAACAUAUUCCCAGAUCAAGAAAAUGGCCGAAAUCGACUAUGGUGUGUUGACUCAAUGCAUCAAAGGUGGAACUGUGUCCAGAAAGCGAAAUGAUAUGAGCACCAUAUCCAAUAUUUUGCUGAAGGUCAAUGCCAAGCUCAAUGGCACCAAUCACAAAUUGAGCAGCAAUGUGAUCAACAUGUUGUCCAAAGAAAAGUGUAUGUUCAUUGGUGCCGACGUCACUCAUCCAUCGCCGGACCAAACAAGGAUUCCGAGUGUUGUCGGUGUAGCUUCAUCUUUCGACGACAACGCCUUCUGCUACAAAUUUGAUUGGCGUUUGCAAGGUCAACGCGUUGAAAUGAUCCAAGAAUUCAGAGAAAUCAUCAAGGAUCAUCUGAAAUAUUAUAAGGAGAAGAACCGUGGUGUGCUCCCAAGCAAAAUCUUCUACUAUCGUGACGGUGUUUCCGAAGGGCAGUUCGAUCAGGUAAUGGCCAUCGAAAGAAACGCCAUGCUUCAAGCGUGCCGGGAUAUGGAACCAGGAUAUGAAAAGCGUGUGAAAAUGACGGUUGUCGUUGUUCAAAAACGACAUCACACUCGAUUCUUCCCGGGUAACACUGGCGUCGGAAAAGAUGACCGAAAAAAUAACAACGUGCCAGCCGGAACGAUUGUCGAUACGGUCAUCACACGGCCCAACGAAAAUCAUUUCUAUUUGGUGUCUCAUCAAUCAAUUCAAGGUGUGGCCAAGCCAACCAAAUAUUGUAUCUUGCUGGAUGAAGGAAAUCAUUCGAUUGAUGAUCUACAAUGCCUUACAUACGAUCUAUGCCAUCUGUUCACCCGAUGCAACCGCGCUGUUUCAUAUCCAGCACCAACUUAUUAUGCACAUUUGGCUGCAUACCGUGGUCGAGUAUAUAUUGAAAACGAGCCGUUGAACAUGAACAAUCUGGCACGGGAAUGGAGCAUGCGAGCAAUUAAAGACAACAUCAUCAAUGGGCGUCCCAUGUUUUUCGUAUAAGCGAGAUGAAGAAUAUGUCGAAACGACUGCAUUCAUUCACUGCGUAAUUUUUGAAUGGCCGAUUUCGGUUUCAAUUAUAGUUUAAACAUUAUGAUUUUGCUUCAUAAGAAUGGGGUUGAGGCUUAAAAACCAAUUGUUCUUCUAGUACUUUGUUAGAUGCAUGAUAGAACAUGUUCUUUACGAACCGUACCGAUACAAAAUAUAAAAAAAUCAACAAAAAAAUGACGAUAGCCGACGUUAUCCGUACUAAGCUUUGGAAAUUAACAACUAAAUGUUGGACAAUUUCAACUUACUUGAAUAUCAAUUGAAGAAUUUUUAUAUUUUCUAUCCAAUUUAAUCUCACUUAUUAGUGUUACACACAUCGAAUUUCCAAAAAUAUUACAUCAUUUAUAAACACAAAAACAACAAAAUAACCAAAAAAAUAUUGACUUUAAUAAUAAAAAUUGCUUGUAAGCACAUAACCAA